AAACUCCAUGAAUCCACAUCGCACAUUCAUGCCUUCCAAAACUAUGACAUCUACUUCAGGCAAAGCGAAUCCGCCCCAUUGCUUUUGUCGAAAACCAUCAACAGUCAUCUAUACUGAACUUGAGGGCAUUGUUUAUGAAUGUCACUAUACCAACUUGAACCUGUGGCUGGAGCGCCAUGUUUUGGUUUCGUCUCCAGCUGCGCAACAGGAUACCACAAGCAACAGCUCAACUACAUCUACUGUACAAUCUUCUCCAGUAUCGGCGCAUUCGCCUGCAUCACCAGCUAAUACGGCUAGCAGGAAUACUUAUACGCGAUCAUUAUCUGCAGGAGAACAUGAUAGGUCUCCUGUUUUUAAAGAGGUGAAUGAAAUCAUUAAGGACCUUGCGGCUCAUACGAAUGAAGAAUUGGCGUCCAGCUGGGAAAUAUUUUUACAAAAGCGUCCAACCAACAGGAGCACAAAUGGAAAUUAUAAUAAUGACAAUAACAAUACCAAUAAUACCAAUACCACCAUCAAAAACCAUAACACAAGCAGUACAUUCGAUCAGCUAUUCAUAGAGUGGAAACUUCAGAACAUUACACUUUCACUACCACCCAAGCACAAGCAUCAAAAAUUAGUAUGUGGUUUUCAUAUGCAUGCCUCUAUUUGGGAGGCAUUCAAGGACCUUGCCUGGGACCCCACACGUGACAAUAGGCAGCAUUCGCUUUCUUCAGAAAAAAAGGCCUUGGCCUUGCUACAGAGAGACCGGGUAUGUGCUCGAAAGCACCACGGGCUUGUAUUUAAGCAUCGAGAUAUGCACGAUCAGCUUAUAAGGAUGGCAGAAGAGACAAAGUGUGAUGCACAUGCCCAAACGAUAGGCCGAUGGACUCAUUGGAGAGAGAAAGUAUGUUAUCGUAGAAGCUCCCCAUCAGGAGGAGCACCAGCAUGCUUCUGUGGCAGGCCUAUGAAAUGUUCGCUAUCGCAUCCUGGAGGACAUGAUUCAGCGAUUUCAUAUUUUUGUGCAUAUCGCCUCGAGGAUGGUAAGAGAGGCUGCAGUCGAGUGUUGAAUGCGGGGAAAUGGCUUCGGUGGCAGCCGCUGGAUCCCAUUCAUACGUUAGCUUCGCAUCACAAUGCUCAGCCUGGUGAUGAUAUUAAAAAAGAGGUGACUGUCAGUAUUGAAGCGGACAAAGAAUCCAACUCUGAAGAUGAAUUAGAUAGGCCACUGCACGAUAACGACUCUCUAAAUGUUGGGGAUCCUAUGAAACAGGAGUCAGAGAGCGAGCAGGAGUCCGAUGAUGGUGGAGAGGGAUGGGAUCAACCAGCUAAUCACGAGUCUUUCGCACCGUGUACAUUAAAACCCCUUGCAUUGCCUGCUGGGUUAAUAUAUGAUGGGACCGGAUGUAUAGAAAGGAUAAAUGCUCCCCGGAUGAAGGCCUCAUUACCCAUUCACACUUUUGAUCAGUCGAUGGCAUUGGAUGCUCUAGUGAAGCAACUGGAAGACCGAAGCGAUUCGCUAGUAACAGGUGAUACAAUUACCUUGGAUGAACUAAAGCAACUGGAAUUGCGACUAAAAAGGUGGCAAGACUCAUGUGGUCGCCUUCAAGAUUACUCGAGGGGUCUGCACGAGGAUGGCCUCGAUAAUCCUACGUUGACUUGUCGAGUUUGCAAAGAGGGGAUUCUUCAACGAGCGGUUGCUCCUUGUUUCCAUCUAGCAAUGUGUGAUCGAUGUAUCCGUAACCAUACACAUUGCGUUGUUUGCCACACGAAAAUUGAGAGUACUCCGAGGAUAUAUUGGGGGUGAAAUCUGUUGAGUGUGAGCAAGGGCAUUGUCAUAUUCUAUAGACAAUAACAUUAAAGUCAAUCUCCA